GGCCGAGCGGGGAUUGGCUUCUCUGGAGCGCGAGGGGGCGUGGCCAUGUGGUUUUGCCUUAAAAUGGCUCCAAAUCUGCGGGAAGCCAGAGCAAGCGGAAGGGCACGCGGUUGUGGGGCUGAUAUGGCUGUUCGGGUGGGAUCUACAGGGCCGAACCGGACCAGACUUGAAUUCAGCGGCGCCUGAAGCAUCACCUUGUCCUCGUUCAGUCUGCUGGCGUCCCGAGAGUCCCCCAUCCCCCAUCUUGAGCCAAGUCAAGGGCCUACUGGCGCAAGAGUCGCUGGCGCCGGCGCUGGGUUUGGGUAUCUGGGCACGCCGGCUCUGUUGUGGCCUCAGGGGAACAUUGUCGCGUUCGCUACCCGCGGGGCCGGGCGAGUGGGAGGCUUGGCACAAUCGGGGCCUGGCGGCGGAUCUGCUAGGGCUGGUCGCAAUGGGCUUCUGUGGGUCUCGCCACUGCUGUGUGGACCAGUUCGUCCCCUGGCGCUCCGGGCUCUGGCAGCGUCACCGGACAAAGGGCCCCGGUCGCGGGGGUGUCCCCGAGGCGGACGCAUGGGUUUACUUCCUUUCUGGUCCCUCGGGCGCGCUUCCCUCUUGGCGGAUUCCGAAGCCCGCCCCUCCACCGUUACCGCACCAGUGGUCCCAGCUGCGUAGGACCGGCAGCGCUAAUCCUACCCUGCGGAUCUAAUCCGGAUCAGGACCCGGUCCCAGGGGAGGCCCCUACCUCCCCUCUUAUUGUUCUGGGGCCCAGGUGCCUGAGCAUGUGUUCCGUGCCGUCGCCUGCCUGCAGGGCCCCGGUGUGGCCCCAGUGCUGCGCUGCGUGCCGACCCCCGCGGGUCUGUCGCUGCAGCUGCACCGACCAGCCGUAUUCGAGCGCGUCCUCCGCGCGGUGGCUGCCUAUGCCGCGCCCGCUACGCCUGCCUCCCUGUGCCCGCGCGUCUUACUGCACUGCCCGGCGCUGCGCGGCUCCCCUUGUGCACUCCGCCUGAGCCAGCUGCGUGCCGUGCUCGUGGCUGAUCACCUAGCACGAGCUCUUCGUGCCCAUGGCGUGUGCGUGCGCCUAGUGCCUGCUGUGCGGGAUCUGCACAUGCUGACCUUCCUGCAGCAACUGCGGGUGGACUGGCCCUGUGCCUCGGAGAAAGCCUCAACCGAAACCCUCAGGAGCCGCGCACUUGCAGAAAUUACCUGUGUUCAUGAUGGGAGGACACUGCCCCCCGGCGUCCUGGGCAGAUUGUGCCUGAAGGAGCUGGUGGAAGAACAGGGCCUAGCAGCUGGCUAUGACCCCAACCUGGACAACUGUCUGGUGACAGAGGAUCUGCUCUCUGUGCUGGCCGAGCUACAGGAGGCUCUGCGGUAUUGGCCGGAGGACAGCUACCCAGGCCUGGCUGGGGCCAACAGCUGCACAGUUAUACACGUGGUGAGCUGUGAGGAGGAGUUCCAGCAACAAAAGUUGGACCUGCUUUGGUGGAAGUUGGAUGACCAGGCUCCACUCAGACAGAAGCACCUGAUCUGUGGCCCAGUGAAAGUAGCUGGUGCACCCGGCACUCUGAUGACUGCCCCUGAGUACUACAAAUUCCGGCAUGCCCAGGUGUGCAAGGCCUCAGCUCUCAAACACAGUGAAGAUCUGGCACAAGACCCAGCCUGGAUGGAGAUCUUUGGAAUUCUCUCUGUGGCCACCAUCAAGUUUGAGAUGCUGAGCACAAGCCCACAGAGUCAGCUCCUCCUGGCCCUAUCUGACAGCAGCAUCUCCACAAAGGGCACAAAGAGUGGCACCUUUGUCAUGUAUAAUUGUGCCCGUCUUGCUACACUCUUUGAGAGCUACAAGCGUAGUAAGGAACAAGGUCUGUACCCCACUUUUCCACCUGUGAGCAGUCUGGACUUCUCACUGCUACAUGAUGAGGGUGAGUGGCUGCUGCUCUUCAACAGUGUUCUCCCCUUCCCAGACCUGCUGAGCCAGAUAGCAGUCCUGGACUGCACAACCCCAGGGCUACACAUUGCUGCACGCACAGAGAUGAUGUGCAAGUUCCUGGUACAGCUCAGCAUGGAUUUCAGCUCAUACUAUAACCGGGUACACGUCCUAGGGGAACCUCGACCACACCUCUUUGGUCAGAUGUUCGCCCGCCUGCAGCUUCUGAGGGCCGUGCGUGAGGUGCUCCACGCUGGCCUGGCUAUGCUGGGUCUCCCUCCACUGAGUCACAUCUAAGGCCACAAGGCCCGGAUAUAUAGGAAUGUUCACAAAGUCAUCAACUGGAAAAAACGCAAAACCCCACACGUUUAGGAGCCUAGAGCCAAAAUAAAUUGUUUUGUUGUCCAAA